AUGGAGAAAGGGGAAAGCGAAAAGAAGGGACUCUCCCCUCCCUCAGGUGAGGAAGAGGAAGAAAAGGAACCCUUUGGCGAAACAGUUAACGGAUCUGAUGUCGAAGAAAAAAAGAAAGCGGUUCAUGUUUAUCCUAACAAAAGCACCUAUGAGGGGGGUUACCUUCAUGGAAAGAAGUCGGGAUUAGGGAAAUUGACCAAAAGGAACGGGGAGUUUUACGACGGCUACUUCCAAAACGGACAGAAGCACGGAGGAGGGUUCCAGCGAUACUCCAGUGGGGACUUUUACUACGGAGAGUGGAAGCACAACAAGAAGGACGGCCGGGGCAUUUACUUUUUUUCCUCCACCGGGGAAUACUACUUCGGCGAAUGGUGCAAGGGAAGCCUCAUCAGCGGGGCCUGGAUCAUCUCCAGCGAAGCAAAGUACACAGGGACGUUUUUUAGGAACCUACCCCAAUUCAAGGGAGAGUUCCUCUUUGCCAACGACUCAAAAAUUAAUGUCUUUUAUGAACAGACUUUGGGCAUUUGCGGUUCUCAUGACGGGAGCGAGGAGCACGUGGGGCUGUACUGGAGGUCGCUCUAG